AUACCGCGGCAGGGAGAGACCUUUGCACUAGGCUUGCCUCUGACAUCACCCAGUGAGUCACGUACCCUAUGUUACAGUCUCGAGACCCUGGGCUGAUACCUGAGAGGAAAGCUUCCAGUGACUUCCUAGUUGUAGUCCUAAACUUGUGCUCUGUUUUUGGAUAUCAGCCUCGUAGUGUUGAGUCUGAGAGCGGCAGCUGUUAAGGAAGGCACCAAGCUGGCGUGGUUAAAGCACCGGAGGGGGCUCCAUGCCCAGAGUAUCGGCUCCCUGCAGGACCUCGGGCUGGGGUCCAGUCUCCCCGGGUCCCGCCCAGGGUCCGUGCACCUGAUGGGCUUCAAGCCCGAGGACCUGCCCAGCGCCUACACCAGCUACUUAGACGACGGGGACUCAGACGAAAUCAGCGUAGAUCUGAACUCCAUCUCUGACGGCAGCCUACCAGACAGAGAUGUGGUGGACGAGAAGUUUAAAAGAGUGCUGGACAGAAUGGGUCCGCUGUCCCCCGAAAAACAGGAGGAACUGCAGCACAUGUCACAGGAGGACAAGUGGCGAAUGGUCAUGGAGAAGCGCCCGAAACAGCGCCCGGAGUUUUAUGUGGAAGAACUGCAGAAGAACAUGAACCCAGCCUUGCGGAAGUCCAAGCCGCCCAAACGCCUGCUGAAGUCACUAGUCCCCACCUCGCGACUCUUACCAGACUUGCAGUAUGACAUAGAAAUGUCACAAGGAAACUUCGUGAAGGACUUCGUAAGUAGUCCUCACCAUGGCAUACGGCGUCUCAUCGCCUUUCUGAAGGACAACUCACUGAAGCACAGCGGUACACUCAGCAUUGCCGUCAUUAACAGCAAGGACACGGGGGAUUCACGCAUUAGGAAACAGAUGGAAGACGAACACAACUGCCUGCUUUGCCUCAAGGCGCUGGCAGAAACAGAGCACCUGUCGGAGCUAGUAGACGAGCCGAACAACCUGGAGACCAUAGCGCUGAGUCUCAUCAGUAGUCACCACGAGACAAGGACGGUCGCACUGCAGAUCAUGACGAAGUGUACGGGGCACCACAACGGUCCAGGGGCGGUACUGAGGAGUCUGUUUUACCUGAAGCUACAGGUCGGGGAGACACACAGGUUUAAACAACUGGUGAACAUGUUACAAGCAGAGUCCUGUCGCAGUUCAUUCAAGCUUGCCUGCUUGAAAUUUUUCAACUCCCUAUUGAUGUCUGUGGACGACAUGAACGCACGCGUGUACCUGCAGUUUGAGUUACACCUGUCACGGUUCGACCCCAAUUCUAUAGAGAAGUCUAUCGAUGACGCGGACCCACUCAGCGACGCCAUCAGGCGAGAGCUGGUGAACUGGCAGAAUCGGUACAUCCACGUGCAGAACGUGGUGGACGAGGCGCUCACUCUCAGGCAGAGAGGAACCAUUCUCAGAGAAGAGAUCAAUCUCCUUAACGGAAAAAUCCACAACGCAGAAGAAGAUAAGAAAGCACUGGAAAACAAACAGAAGGAGGCUCUACAGAAAUGUCAGGAGUUUCAACAGAAGACUUUGGAUCUACAGGAAUCUCUAGACAGGCUCAUGGAGCAACAGAUCCCGAUUCUGCACGGUUCCCCUGCCAUCCCCACCACCGUGGAGCCCCAUGAGGAGGAGGCGACUGUGCCGGAGACUGGGAAAACCGUAGAGCAGCAGGCACCACCGAAUCCUCCAGAGUUCGCUAUUCCGAGGCCUGCAGUCAACAUUCCACGCCCGCCUCCGCUACCCGACGGCUUCUCCACCACACGAUCCAAUUAUUUCGGAGAGCGGAGAUCGAAAAGCAUGUCGUCAUUGUUAGAAAUGGCAAACGACGAGAAGGAAAACCCUAAGGUUAAUCUCCCAGCUUUGAACUGGAGCACACUGGACUCGGUCGGGAGCUCAAUAUUCAAGACAAUGAGUCCUGAUUCCGUUCUGGAUGAAGCGGACAUAGCCGAACUGGAAGCGGCCUUUCAACUCAAACCCGAGGGGAGCCCAGCCCCACCCCCGGGUGGUGUCUCCAUCCCCCCGCCCCCUGGCCCCCCUCCCCCGGGCAUCGCGUUACCGUCAGGGCGGAAUAGAGCGUCUUCCAAACUGAUGUUAGUGGACCAGAACAGAGCCAAGAAUGUUGAGAUCACCCUGAGACGCGUGGGCCGGCCCACCCCUGACAUCAUCCGGGCCAUCAGAGCGUGCGACACGUCCGUGCUGCCGGGGGAAAACGCCGAGCUGCUGCUCAAGUACCUCCCCAGGAAAGAUGAGAUCACGCUUCUUAAGGAACACGCGGAAAAGCACAAUCGCUUCGGUGCGGCGGAAAAGUACUUCUAUGAGUUAACAAAAAUUGAAGGGUACGACUUGCACCUACGCCAGAUGGCCUUCCAGGAACAGAUGAGUGAACUUCUGCAGACCGCAAAAGCACAUAUCCAGAUAGUCUCUGAUGCAUCCCUCUGUGUUCUCAGCAGCUGGAGGCUCCGUAAACUAUUUGAGGUUAUUCUGGCUCUUGGCAACCAGAUGAAUGGGCACAGACGAAACCCUGCCAGCGGGUUCAGGCUCGAGUCUUUGGAGAAGCUGAAAGAAGUCAGAACACCAGACAAGUCCAGGACACUGCUGGACUUUCUUGUGGACAUCGUGGAGAAGAAAUUCCCCGAUGCGCAUCUCUUCUAUGAGGACAUGCAGAUUGAACUGGCAAAAGAAGUAUCCUUCCAGGCGGUCGCGCUGGACGUACAGACCCUGAGGAGAGGCAUGGAGGCAGCCAAGCAGAUCCGCGAGAGCGAGCCGGACAACACCGCUGUAGCCGCCUUCUACAAAGACAAUGUCCAAAGCGUGUGGACUGCCAUGGACAGCUUCAGGCAAAUGGAGGACGCGUACAGGGACGUGUGCGCCAUGUUCGGGGAGAACUACAAGAUGACCGACCCAGACAAGCUAUUCGGCAUGUUGGACGAUUUCAGCAAAUGUUACAAGAAAACGGCGGCUGAAAAAGUUUCCAGUUCACGGUUCCUCAAGGGUAUCGUCAUCCCUCUGGCCACCAUCGGGAACCAAGUUGCGGCCGAAGCCAGAAAACGGGGAAUCGACCAGCCGAAGUCGGAAACGAGUGGCGAAGGUUCUGAUGCGAAGAAUGCAACUCCCCGGGGUAGUGUAGGAACGGAAGAACCGGACAUUCUGGCCAGCGUGUUGGAGCUCGAGCUCCACGCGCAAACCGAUAAUGAUGUCACCAAAGCAACAACAGAUGAUAAUUUGAGACCAGCGGACAGAGACUCAAAUACAGGGACACAAUCUGGAGACGGGUCGAGUUGUGAUAGUCCCUCCGCACUGACCACUGUACUCGACCUAGCGACCAGCACGACAGAUAAGCACACCAGUGCCCCAUCCAUAAAGAAUGGCCCUAAGGAAAACGGUCCACAUAUCAACGAAGGCAAGCCGCCGAUCACGAAUCCUCCCUCGAAGUUUGUUGUGACCGGCGGGUCGCCAAAAAGUAAAGAACCCGUCAUGAGUAGUCGCACUUCCAACGAGUUCAUGUUCUAAUCCAGGAAAAUAAUCUUCGUGACUUCAACAUGAUUGUUAGCAUGCAAGUCACAAGCUCACAAUGAGUUCCCUUUGUUUAAUAGUUGUUAUUAAUACGAAAAUAGCUGCAUAUAUUUGCCAAGCUUUAUCGUCAGGUUACAACACAGGCUAAGAUCCGAGCAGACUAAAAGCAAUCAUAGAAGUCUCAGCCCAUUCCAGUCAGCUUCUUCGGAAGUCUUGCAAUGAAGCUGCAGUAUUCAAGAUUUUCCUUGUUGUCAUAUUCAUUGGGAAUGGAGAGCCACUCAACGAAUAAUAUUAUUGCUCUAGCAGGAUCUAGAGCCAAGGUGAUUGAGAUAAAACCUUACUGAUAGUGUCAUCACACUCAAAGCAAGCAAAGAUGUUCUAUAUGUCAUGUCUUUCCUUACUAUUCUUGGGGCAAAUGUAUAUUGUAUUGAUAUCUUUUGUAAGAAAGUUCCCUUUCACAAAAUAUGGGACAGAGCAUUUUAUGCGAAGUUGUUGGGAUGUGCAUUGAUUCAAGUCAAUUUGAAAUGAAGGAAUACUUUUGUUCUCUGUUUAUAUGUAAGCAAAAUCUGUAUAACAAAACAUUUGAGUUGUUAAUGUAUGUACAUACAAUCAUACAGGAAACGUGUUUCAGGAGAAUUAUGCAGUUGUUUUAUGAUAUUGGAAAACAUAAUAAUUAGGGACAUGUAAAACUUGUUACAAGGAGAACUCAUUUCACAUGGGAUGUGUAAGAAAUGUGAAAAUUCUGCUAUUGUCACAUGGUCACAAACGAUGGUAAAUACCAUGUGUAUCUUGUGCCUUAACUCACAAUUUUAUUCUAUUAAUAUGUUGAUGAUAAGCUACAUGUGAAACAGCACAACUGAAGUUAAUGUCUGCAACUUUUCAAAAAGGACAGCAAUAAAGGCUAAAGACUUUUUUUGCAGGCAGUGAUAAAUAUACUUUUUCUACAUACAUAACAGUAACAUUUGCCAAUAGAUAAAUAAAUAACUACAGAAUUCCAGGUCAGCUUUCACAUGAUCAUAUUUAUACAUUUCAAAAAGAACAGUUGGUACAGCACAUAACACACCUCCUAAGUCAGAAACAUUUUUAAAAUGUAUCAUACAAGGGAACGAUUUUGCAAAUCAGGCCAACUGCUUGGAUAUAACGUUCUGCUCUAUGUCAAACAUAUUUGUACAAUUCAAAACUGAAUAAAGAGUGUCUGUACCUUC